CUUCAAUAAAGUACUGAUUGCUCUAGGACCAGUGCCCUGUUAGUAGUUCCUGUUUUCCCAUCCCCCAGCCCAGUCAGUCUCUUUCCUUUACCCUCUGGAUCAGUACUGUGCAACCACAGACAUGUUUGUAUUUAUAUUGUCUCUCACAACACUGUAGCUACUAGCUAUGUGUGCCUAGCAAACACUGGAAAUAUGGCUAAUAUGACCAAGGAAUUUUUUAAAAAUACUUUAUUUUUAAGAGCAAUUUUAGGUUCACUGCAAAAUUGAACAGAAGGUACCGGGAUUUUUCCACAUGCCCCUGUCCCGUCCACAUACACUGCUUCCCCUACCAUCAAGAUCUCCUUCAGAUUGGCAACCAAUAUCACUCAGAGCCCAUAGUUUAGAUUAGGGUUUACUUUCGGUGUUGACAUCCUGUGGGUUUGGACAAAUGCAUGAUAUAAAAUGACAUGUAUUCACUAUUAGAAUUUUAUACAAAAUAUUUUCACUGCCCUAAAAAUCCUUGUACUCCAUCUGUUCAUCUCUCCCUCCCUUUUAACCCCUAGCAACCACUGAUCUUCUCACUAUUUCCAAAGUUUGCCUUUUCCAGAGUGUCAUUUAGAGAGGCUUCUUUCAUUUAGUAAUACACAUUUGAGAUUCCUCUAUGUCUUUUCAUGACUUGAUAGCUCAGUUCUUUUGAGUGUGGACUAGCAUUCCACCAUCUGCAUGUAGCAGAGUUUCUUCACAUAAUGAAAGACAUUUUGAUUUCUUCCAAGUUUUGGCAGUUAUGAAUAGAGCUGCUAUACACAUCUGUGUGCAGUUUUUGUGUGGAGUAUUUUCUGUUCUUUUGAGGAACAAUCAAGGAGUGUGCUUGCUGGAUCAUAUGGUAAGAGUAUGUUUUCUUUUGUAAGAAACUGCCAGACUCUCUGCAAAGUAGCUGUACUGUUGUUCAUUCCCUCCAGCAGUGAAUACGGGUUCUUGUUGCUGUAUAUUCUUAUCAGCAUUUGGUAUUAAGUGUUCUGGAAUUUGGCCAUUCUAAUAAGUAUAUCAUUGUUGUUUUAAUUUGUAUUUCCUAGAUAAUCAUGGAUUAUGAAGCAUCUUUUUGUAUAUUGUUUUAGGUCAAGGCUUUUUUUUUAUUAUUGCACUGUAAGAGUUUUUUGUAUAUUUUGGGUAACAGUCCUUAUCAGUACAUAUUAUCAGAUUUUUUUUUCAAAUAUAGUCUUCUAAUCUGUGGUUUGUUCUUUUGUUUUCUUGGCAGUUUCUGUCAUAGGGCAGAAAUUCUGAAUUUUUUUUAAAAAAGAUUUUAUUUUAUUUGAAAGGCAGAGUUACAGAGAGGAAUGGCCACAGUGGCUGGGGCUGGGCCAGGCCAAAGCCAGGAGCCAUGAGCUUCAUCCAGGUCUCCCACUUGGGUACAGGGGCCCGGGCACUGGGCCAUCUGCUGCUGCUUUCCCAGGUGCAUCAGCAGGGAGCUGGAUAGGAAGUGGAGCAGCUGAGAUUUGAGUCAGUGCCCAUAUGGGAUGGCAGCGUUGCAGUCAGUGGUUUAACCCAUAUGCCACAAUGUUGGCCCUUGAUAUUCUGAAUUUUUAUAAAGUCUAGCUUAUGUACUGUGGGUUGUGCCUUUGAGAUUUUUGCAGACCUUCUCCUAUGUUAUCUUCUAGGAGGUCUAAAUUUGUUUUGUAUUUAGUUCUGUGAUACAUUUUGAGUUAAUUUUUGUGAAAGGUAUGAGAUCUGUGUUUAGGUGUUUUUUUUUUUUUUUCUUUUUUGCAUCUGGAUGUCCAGAUAGGAACUGUAUUUGUAAUUGAGCUCUAAAUAGCCAAUAGUAGUUAGUGUUUACCAGAUUGAACAACACUUUGUAUAGUACCUGGGUUUCUUCUUAGCUGUUGGCCAUCCAUGGGCUUUUUAAAGAUGCUCUUAUUUUAUUUGUCACUCUAAUCCUCCCUUCUAAACUUCAAGCAUUUAUUGCUUUAACAACUGUCUCCUUACUAGGAAAAGAAUGCUUUCAUUUCUGCUAGCAAACAUUAAGCUUAGUCUGCUGGUCUUUGCUCUUAUCCCGUUUGGUGUCUGCUUCAUCACUCACCCAAAAAGCUUUCUUUAAGGAAUGAUGUGUUUGUUUGCUGCAGCUUUGCUGGAAUGGAUUUUCCAAUUAAGGUCACAUAAUUACUUAUUCCUGCUAAUGGUUCUGUAGGUUCUUCUCAGAAUUUGUUUGAAGAUGGCAAAUCUUUUUUAUCCCACUGUUUAUAAUUUGGUAUACAUGGCCAGGUAAAUUUUAAGCCUGCUUCCUUUACAAAGACUGACAAAGUGAUAUUCCAGAACAAAAUUGAGAUUCCAGGAUUUCCUCAAUUUGAAUAUCCUGUUAACUUAGAGUGAGGGAGAGACAGAGAGAUUGGUCUUCCAUCUGCUUGUUCACUCCCUAGAUGGCCACAAUGGCCAGCACUGGGCCAGGCUGGAGCUGGGAGUUUCUUCUGGGUUUCCCACUUGUGUGACAGGGACCCAGGUACUUGGGCAAUCAUCCACUGAUUUCUCAGGCCAUUAACAGGGAGCUAGAUUGGAAGUGGAGCAUCCAGGACUCAAACUGGCAUCCACAUGGGAUGCCAGCUUUGCAGGCAGCAGCUUUUUCCUGCUACACCACAAUGCCAGCCCCUGUCCUUUGAGUAAUCAGUGAGCUGGCUUUGGAUUUAAAAGCUAAGAUUAUAUUUUCUGAAAUACUAGCAUGUUCCAUUUUAAGUCCCUUCAGAAUUGAUAAUGUGUCUGAAUCAGAACAUUCUGAUUCCUUCCCUUCCCUGAGCUAAUGUGUGAGGUACUCCUGAAAAGAACUGGGAGAGCUGCUGGAACUGGUGAAGCCUGCUUUGCUCUCUGGUAUAGCUUCUAUGUCUGCAGUUUGAACAAACUUUGCAAACAGAGGAUUCCAGCUUUAAUUUCACACCAUUUUGAGAGCCACCUCAGUUGUUAGAGACAAGUGGAAUGAAAACAAGACAAGGUGGAGGCUCCUCACCAGUUUUCUUGGUGUAUAGUUUUAGCAUAGUCCUGGUCAGUAGUGAAAGGUGGUGUGGUCCAGGGCCCUCCAUUUGCUGGGGUCCUCUAAGCACCCAUUUUUGGAAGAAUAAAGGGCUUUAUAUAUUCACUGUUUGUUCUCUACUUAAGCUUUUCUUCUUAUGCUUGCAAAGGAUAGCUGUAAAAUUAGGAACCAAGCAUCAGGCAAGGGAAACAGCAAAAUGGAUGUUUCUGAAUGGGUUGGACACAGGGAAUUGAAUAUUAAAGGAGGUCAGUCUGAUAAACUGGGAACCUGAUCCCUGCCUGGGAGUUUACUUAUAGGGAGUGGCCCUCACUUUUCAAGAGCCACAUGCAUCACAGUACCUGUUUGGAGUGGUGACUUGGUGCUCUGUGCUUGCCAAUGUUCUGCUCAAAACUAACAUUCAGUGACUAGCUCUGGGAACUUGAGAUCAGUGUAUUGUGCUGUGGGAACAUCUAAGAACCCUGUUGUCUGUGGCUUAAUAAGUAGAUUUGAAUAACGUAAACUUGCCCUACACGCUGUAUGAAAUAGAAGACAUUAACAGCAAAGUAGGCCGGCGCCGCGGCUCACUAGGCUAAUCCUCCGCCUUGUGGCGCCGGCACACUGGGUUCUAGUCCCGGUCAGGGUGCUGGAUUCUGUCCCAGUUGCCCCUCUUCCAGUCCAGCUCUCUGCUGUGGCCAGGGAGUGCAGUGGAGGAUGGCCCAAGUACUUGGGCCCUGCACCCCAUGGGAGACCAGAAGUACCUGGCUCCUGCCAUCGGAUCAGCGCGGUGUGCAGGCCGCAGCGUGCCGGCCGCGGCGGCCAUUGGAGGGUGAACCAAUGGCAAAAGGAAGACCUUUCUCUCUGUCUCUCUCUCACUGUCCACUCUGCCUGUCAAAAAAUAAAAAUAAAUUAAAAAAAACAAAAAACAAAAAACAAAACAAAGUAAGGGUCAGGCAUUGUGGCAUGGUGGGUUAAGCUAUUAUUUGUGAUGCUGGCAUCCCAUAUCAGAGUGCCAGUUCUAAUCCCAGCUGCUCUGCUUUUCUUCUGGUCCAGCUCCCUGCUAAUGUACCUGGGAAAGCAGUGGGUGAUGAUCGAAGUACUUAGGUCCCUGUCACCCACAUGGGAGACCUAAUGGAGUUCCUGGCUCCGGGCUUUGGCCUGGCCCAGCCCAGAUUAUAGCAGCCAUUUCUGCAGUGAAGAAGCAGGUGGAGAUUUUGCUCUCUCUAUGAGUCUGUCUGUCUGUCUGUCUCUCUUUCUCUGUGUGUUACACUGUGUCACUCUGCCUUUCAAAUAAAUAAAUUUAAAACAACAAAGUAAUAUCAACUUAAAAUUGGAUCCAUUUAAGUUGUUUUUGAGCUACCUUUGAUUCAUUCCUCUUGUAGAGAUUAUAAAUUUUUUUUUUUUUUAAGAUUUAAUGUUUUUAUUUGAGAGUCAGAGUUACAGACAGAGAGAGACAGAGUUCACUCCCCAAAUGGCCACAAUGCCCAGAGCUGCGCCAAUCCCAAGCCAGUAACCAGGAGGUUCUCCUGGUCUCCCACGCAGGUGCAGAGGCCCAAGGACUUGGGCCAUCUUCCACUGCUUCCCAGGCCAUAGCAGAGCUGGAUCAGAAGUGGGGCAGCUGGGACUGGAACCGGCGCCCAUAUGGGAUGCUGGUGUCACAGGCUGAGUCUCCGCCUACUACAUCAUAGUUGAAGCCCCAAGAGACCAUCACAGUAUUUUUUCUCAGUUAGUACAAGAUAAGAUUUUAUUAUUAUUAAGAUAAGAUUAUUUUCUAGUUGGAAGUAGUUUAUACAGCUGAGAGGAGAAGGGGUUGGAAGGUGAGGUGAGAGAUGCACAUUUUGUCACCUGUAGUUCAUUUUUACUUAAGCAGCUUGGAUAUUCUCAAGAACUGGAUGAAUGCCAAGCUACCAGUAAUGAAGAAUAAUGUAGUCUCUCACUGAAUAUGCAUCUGUAUUGCAUGGCUGAUACGUAAGGCAUGUACACACCAUGUACAUUUUAGGUAUAUUUAGAUGUUUUUAUAGUUCAGUACUGGCCGGCGCCGUGGCUCACUAGGCUAAUCCUCCGCCUAGUGGCGCCGGCACACCGGGUUCUAGUCCCGGUCGGGGCGCCGGAUUCUGUCCCGGUUGCCCCUCUUCCAGGCCAGCUCUCUGCUGUGGCCAGGGAGUGCAGUGGAGGAUGGCCCAGGUGCUUGGGCCCUGCACCCCAUGGGAGACCAGGAAAAGCACCUGGCUCCUGCCAUUGGAUCAGCGCGGUGCGCCGGCCGCAGCAUGCCGGCUGCAGCGGCCAUUGGAGGGUGAACCAACGGCAAAAGGAAGAGCUUUCUCUCUGUCUCUCUCUCUCACUGUCCACUCUGCCUGUCAAAAAAUAAAAAAAUAAAAAAUAUAGUUCAGUACUAAUCAAAGUGCCGCUUGGUAGUGUGCAGGGAUCGUAGCAGCACACAGCUGAGAAGCUCUCAGUCAGUUGCAGUUGUCAAUACAAGUGAAGCAAAGCCUGCUUAUUCCUUUCUCCAUUAGGGCUUUUACUCUCAAUCUGACAUCACUUUAUUUCAAAUGCUUUGUAAGACAGGAAGAACUCUGAGAUAAGUAUCAAAACCCACUUCCUUUUAUGUAUGCAAAUAAAGAGCUCUGACAGCAAAAUUGAUGCUUCUGGUUGAAAAUCUAUAGAAAGUCUCCUGAUAUAUGGAUACAUUUCAGCCAGAUUAGGAACAGAGAACAGAACUUUGAAACUCAGUCCAAUGUUAAAACUAGUUUAUUGAUUUUUAUGUAAAGUGGGAAGAACUUAAAAGUUUGUAGUUUUCAGACAGGAAACAAUGUUCAGAGAAGAGCUUUAUGGAAUCCCAAGCCGAGGUAAGGUGGAACAACUCCAGAAAAGUGAUUACUAAAAUCAAUGAUUUUUUGCUUUUUUAUGAUCAUAGCUAAAUAAAUUCUCUUUUCCCUAGAAAUAAAAUGUAAAUAUUGCAGCAUGAAGUAACUGCAGGACUAUUAUUUUUAUCUUCAGAAAAGAAAAGUUUUGUUGGGUUUUUGGAAUGCUUUUAGAGUACUUUACAAAAAGUUAAUUAUGAGAAAUGCAGCUUUUCGCUUAUUAUAAGGCAUCUUAAUUAUUUCUGGGAACAUAAAUUAAUGUUAAAAUUACUGCUUAUUAAGAAUCACUUUAAGUCAGCAAUUUGGUAUGUUGUGUCCAUAGUUACUUGACAUGCCAUGAAUCCACUUGCCCUCUAAUAUCUGUGUGGAGUCACUGAAGGAGGAUGAUUACGUCUCUUGGGAGGUAUACGAGGGGCCGGGCCCCUUUCGGCACACUUAACUCGGUGGGCUGAGCUCUCUGGGAGGUGAUCUCUUUUCCUCUGAGGUGCCUGCUGAUGGCUGAGUUAGAUGGAGGUGUUCUGUGCUGUGUUCAAGCUGACGACGCUGUUAGGGCUUGGAGAGUCAGCGAGAAUCCAGAAGCAGGGAAAGGUGUGCAGGAAUGGCCUUUCCCAUUUUGGUUAUGAAACUCUGAAAAUAGGCAAAACCACAGCCUGCCCAGUUUGGAAUAGAAUGUAUUGGAAUGGGAAGAAGGGACUGAGAGAACUAAAAGUCUGUUACUUAGAGGAAUGAAGUUUCUCUUAGAAAGCCUGUUAGAAUAAAACCUCACCUUCAAGAGAAACCAUUCUGGGUUUUUUCAGUCUUCAUUUUAAGCAUAUUUGGGCUGGCUUUGUGGUGUAGAGGAUAAAGCCUCUGUCUGCAACACUGGCAGCUCAUAUGGGCACUGGUUCAAGCAGCAGAUGGAAGACCUCUAUCUGUCUUUCCCUCUCUCUCUCUCUAACUCUGCCUUUCAAGUUAAUAAAGUAAUUUUUUUUUAAAGAGUAAGUUCUUCGGCCGGCGCCGCGGCUCACUAGGCUAAUCCUCCACCUAGCGGCGCCGGCCCACAGGGUUCUAGUCCCGGUCAGGGCGCCUGAUUCUGUCCUGGUUGCCCCUCUUCAAGUCCAGCUCUCUGCUGUGGCCAGGGAGUGCAGUGGAGGAUGGCUCAAGUGUUUGAGCCCUGCACCCCAUGGGAGACCAGGAGAAGCACCUGGCUCCUGGCUUUGGAUCAAUGCGAUGCGCUGGCCGCAGUGCGCCGGCUGCAGCAGCCAUUAGAGGGUGAACCAACGGCAAAAAGGAAGACCUUUCUCUCUGUCUCUCUCUCUCACUGUCCACUCUCCCUGUAAAAAAAAGAAAAAAAGUGAGUUCUUUUAUUUUACUCUGUUGAGCAUUCCACAUUGGAGGACCAGUUAUAAUCUUGAAAACUUGUUCAAUCCAGUAGUUUAUUUACAACAACCACAGUCACAUUUCUGUUUAAGAGCUCUUUUGUUUUAAUCUUUUUAUAUUUUAAGUAAUUUUAUUUAAUAUUUUAUUUACAAUAACCAAAGUAACAUCUCUGUUUAAACUUCUUGAUAUACUCUUUCUUUCUCCACAAUGUACUAUUUGCAAGAUAUUUGGGAAACAAAUUGGAAUGAGAUGUGGCCUACAUACUGAAAGUUUUUUCAACAUAUAGAAGUUUUCUCAGAUAUAGAAAAAUAAACAGAUAAUAGCAAAUGAUGUAAAAAGAUAGAUGUGUUAAUAUUUAUCAUAUUAUGGCAGCAGUAGAGAAGGGAUAAUAAGUUAAGUUUACUUUAUUAAGUAUUGUAUGAGCUAUAGAAAGUUUUUUGAUACUGUCAUUCCCUUGAGAGUUUAAUCACUAAAGAAGACAGGUUGUGUGGCCAGCACGUUGGUGCAGUAGGUUAAUCCUCCACUUGUGGUCCUGGCAUCCCAUAUGGGCACCGGUUCUAGUCCUGGCUGCUCCUCUUGCAGUCCAGCUCUCUGCUGUGGCCUGGGAAAGCUGCAGAAGAUGGCCCACAUGCUUGGGCCCCUGCACCAGGGUGGGAAGACUUGGAAGAAGCUCCUGGCUCCCGGCUUCGGAUCGGCGCAGCCCUGACCAUUGUGGCCAUUGGGGAGUAAACCGGUGGUCGGAAGACCUUUCUCUCUGUCUCUCCCUCUCACUGUCUAUAACACUACCUCUCAAAUAAAUAAAAUAAACCUUUAAAAAAAAAAAAAAGAAGACGACGAUGACAAGUUGUAUUGUGGAAAGGAAAGAAAUGUUAACUGGGACAGGCCUUGGGUAUGGCAGUUCAGAUGCUGCUUGGGUGCCCUCAUCCAUGUGGGAGUGCCUGGGUUUGAGUCCCAGCUCUGCCGCUAUUCCAGCUUGCUGUUAUUUACACCUUGGGAAGCAGCAGGUGGUGACUCAAGUAGCUGGAUUCCUGCUGCCCACGUGGGAGGCCUGGAUUUAGUUCUUGGCUUCCUGCAUUAGCCCCGCACAGUCUGAGCUGUUGCUGGUAUUUGGGGAAUGAACCAAAGGAUGGGAAGCUCUGUGUCUGUCUUGUCUUUCUGUCUGUCUCUCUGCCUCUCAAAAAUAAUUUUUUUAGAGAUUAAGAAGAUUCUUUCUUAGGAAAGCUAAAGGAAGGAUCAGAGAGAACAUUACAACACUGAAGACUCAAAUUUUCAUAGCCAUGUACCAAGAGGAACAAGAUUGUGUAUUGUUGAUUUCACUCUCUUAACCGUUAAAUGUCUGAAUUAAUAAUAUGCUGUUUUUUUGUUUUUCUAUUCAGUAGUGUUCAGGUUAGUUCAGUAGAUUCCUAACAACUCAUAAAGGUUAAAAUAAUUCAUUUGCAUUGUGAUAUUGACAAUCAUUUGUGUGGACAGUGUUUCCUUGGUACAUGAUGACAUUAGUUGUGGCAUUGUUUUGUUUGAAGCAAAGCUAAUAAUAGAGAAAUGUUGGGAUUAUUUUUCUGUAAGUGUCACUUUGUAAGAAAAGAUUGUUACGGUACUAUGAUAGACUUAAAAUGAAGCCUUAAUGUUUAUUUUGAACAGACUUUUAUUUUUAUCAUCUUAAUCCUUUUGAAGAUGUAGUCCUAGGAUGCUUCGGUUGCUUAUUUUCUGACUGGCACCAUUCUCAUGCCCUUCUCACUCAUCCCCUACCUGUCACCAGCUAGCAUCCUUAAUUAGCUGAUACACUCAAAUCACUCAUCCUAAGGGACCAGUUUUCCCCCCAGUCUAUUGCAGACUGAUGUUUUUAUAAAAUGCAGUAAGAAUUGCCCAGAAAUAUCAAAUUUCUAUGAAAGUAUCUAAAUGUUUGUUCUCGUUUUACACUUAUCUUGUUGCAAACUGGUCUGUGGAUUGAGUAGCAUGUGAAUAGCAAUGGAUUAGAUGGACCAUAUUGAAACAGCAAUGGUUUACUUGACUUUUCAGCCUUAUAAAACGAUAAAAUGAUCUUGGCCUUUUUUGUUUUUUCCAAACUAAAAGCAGAAAGUAACUCUACUCCCAUGAAUAAAUAAUUAACUAUAAUGAUUCUUUACCAGCACUGCAGAGAUACUCAUUAAUCAUGCUGUCUAUUGAUCAUGACUCCUCCUUCCUCAAAAGGACCCACUGUCUUGACUGGCCUGAUAUCUUCAACUGAAAGGGGAUGUAAACAUUUCUUCGUGUUACCAUGUUCCUGUAUUUCACCCUGCAUCUCUGUAGUGUGUGUGUGUGUGUGUGUGUGUGUGUGUGUUUUAAGAUUUCUUGGCCGGCGCCGCGGCUCACUAGGCUAAUCCUCCACCUUGCAGCGCCGGCACACCGGGUUCUAGUCCCGGUCGGGGCGCCGGAUUCUGUCCCAGUUGCCCCUCUUCCAGGCCAGCUCUCUGCUGUGGCCCGGGAGUGCAGUGGAGGAUGGCCCAGGUGCUUGGGCCCUGCACCCCAUGGGAGACCAGGAGAAGCACCUGGCUCCUGCCAUCGGAUCAGCGCGGUGUGCCGGCCGCAGUGCGCCGGCUGUGGCGGCCAUUGGAGGGUGAACCAACGGCAAAGGAAGACCUUUCUCUCUGUCUCUUUCUCUUACAGUCCACUCUGCCUGUCCAAAAAAAAAAAAAAAAAAGAUUUCUUUAUUUAUUUGAAAGGGAAAGGCAGAGUUACCAAGAGGGAGAGGCAAAAACAAAGAGUGGGUAGAGGCCUUCCAUCUGCUGGUUCACUCCCCAGAUGGCCUCAAUGGCGAGGGCAGGGCCAGACUGAAGCCAGGAGCCAGGAGCUCUAUCUGCGUCUCCCGUGUGGGUACAGGAGCCCAAGCACUUGGGCUGUCCCUCACUUCUCUCACAGGUGCUUUAGCCGGAAGCUGGAUCGGAAGUUGGACAGCCGGGAUUCUUAACUAGUGCCCAUAUGGAAUGCCGGCACUGCAGGUGGUGGCUUUACACGCUGUGGCACACUGCCAGCUCCUUUGUUUUCAUUUUUAAUUUUUAUUCAUUUUCAUUUUAUUUGAAAAAGAGAGAUCUUCCAUCUGCUGCUUAACUCUGCAAAUGUCUACAACAGCCAGGGCUGGAUCAGAGCAAAGCCAAGAGCCAGGAACUCUACCUAGGACUGCCAUGUGGGUGGCAGGGACCCAAGUUCUUGGACCAUCACUUGUUGUCUCUAGUAGGAACCUGGAUCUCAACAAGAGAAGCCAGGACAUGAACCAGGUACUCUGAUAGGGGAUGUGGGUGUGCCAGGUGGCAUCUUAGCCACUGCCCCAAAUGCCUGCCACAAGAUUUUGCUUUAUAAAAUUUGCUGUGUUGCAUAAUUUUAAUAGCUUUGAUCAUCUCUUCUAUUUUCAUUAUGCAUUUAAGCUUUUGAUUAUUUAAAUGUUUGCCCCUAAUUAUUCAUUGUCAGAUACCAGCUUUGCAACUACUGUUUUCUUCAUAUUUAGAAUCAUUUAUCCUAUCUUUACCCUCUUUUUAUUUUUAUCCAUUCUUUGUUUUAGAUGUUCGUUAGAAAAUGUGUUGACCCUUACAGUAAAGUGUUUGGAACAAUAGGGCAUUUCAUUCUUAGUUCAGCAACGUAGCUCUCCAAGGAUUCAGGAAAAAAUACCCAUGUAUUGUAUUUGCAGCUAUCUUGUGAGUUUGCAACUCCUUUAUAAUUUUUAAAAAAUUGAACAUUAAAAAUAUGGCCCCUCCAGUGAGCCACCUCUCCACUAAAGCAGUAUUCAUCAAAAUCCUUCAUUUCAAAUACAAAAAAAGAGAAGCGACUUAGUAAAAGUCAUGGAGAAGGCUUUGGAUCUACCCCAAUUUCAAGAUAGUAUAAUUAUGAUAGCAAAAGGGAAUACUGAUGGGCAACAUCUUCAGUAAAACUAGGUGGGAAAUUGCCCAUAAAACCCCACAGUGAAAGCAGAUGGCACCAAAUAAGAUGGUUAAAAUCUUUACCAAAAAAAGGUUAUGGCAGCAGAGAUGAUGAACUAUAAAAUGUUAAAAAUAAAUGUCACUGGCACUUUUCUUAUUGUCAUGGGAAAUCAACUUUGUUUCCUGUAUUAAUUCCAUAGGACACUCAUUUAAAAAUUACCAGGGCAGCUCUUGUGGCAGAGUGGGUUAGGGACACCUGUAUCUCUUGUCUGAGUGCUGGUUCAAGUCCCAGCUGGUCUGCUUCUAAUUCAUUUCCUUUCUAAUACAACCUGGGAAACAGAUGAUGGCUCAAAUGCUUGAGCCCCUGGUCCUCACGCAGGAGACCCAAAUGGAGCCAGUGCAUGGAAGAUAUCAUCCUUCCUUUCUUGUUCUGCCUUUCAAGCAGAUGAAAAUAAAUAAUAAAUAAACUUAAAAAUCGUAAACUCCGUGGCUAAAAGCAAAAAUUAUUCUCUCAGUUCUGGUGACUAGAAGUCAGAAAUCACAGUGUUAUUAUAGCAGGGUUGAUUGCUUCUGAAGUCUCUGAUGAAGAAGCAAUUCUGUCCCUGUCUCCUAGCUUCUGGCAUCUGACAAUCCUUGGCUCAUCAAUCCAUCACACCAAUUUCUGCCUCUUCACAUAGCAUUCUUCCUAUGUCUUCAUGUCUUCAAAAGGACACUAGUUUUGUUGCAUUAGGUUGGGCUUACCUUAAUCCAAUAUGACUUCAUCUUAGCUAAAUUAUCUCUGUAAUAACUCUUGUUUCCAAGUUCACAUUUUGAAGUACCAGGAAUUAGGAUUUCACCUUAUCUUUCUUGGGAUACACAAUUUGAACCACAACACUCACUUUUUAUUUACCCAGUUUUUCAGAGCUGUACAGAUGGUAUGAACUAACACUUUGCCAUUCAUUGAAUAUAAGCUAAUGUAAGUGCUACCUGGACUAAUAGAGUUUUUCCCAAGGUCAAGGAAUUGUACUAAGCAUUCAUUUAUUCUGGCACAUAUUCUCAUCCGGCAUAUGAGAUACAGAUUUAUGACCUGUGUAUUUUCCACAUAUUUAUGUUAAGCUUUAAUUCAAGAUAAAAUAUCUCUACAAAGAAAUUUCUCAGCCCAGCUGAUGUCUUCUAGCGAAUAAUCCCAGAGUUUUUAAGGGAGGAAAACAACAAUAUUACACAAAUUUUUUCAAAGAACCAAAACUCAGAAAAUAUUACCAACUUGUUUUGUGAUACCACAUUUUGACAAGGACAUUAUUGAGGGAGAAUACUAACAAAUAUUUCUCCUCCAUAAAACAAAAAUAAAUAAAUAAAUUUGGAGUAUUAGUAAAUCGAAUCUAGUGAUAUAUAGUUUUAAUAAUACACCAUGACCAAGUUGGUUUUUCCUAGGAGCAUGAAGCUGGAUUACUACAUAAACAGGAUAAAGCGAAAAAUAUCAUCUCAGUGGGUGAAGAAAAGGCACUGACAACAGUUCAUCUGUUUAUAACAAAAUGCUAAAAUAGCAUGCUAAAAAUGAGAAGAGAACUAAUUUCAUCUGAUAGUGUCUGCAAACAACCUACUGUGUAGUCAAGCUCAUUCUUAAAAUGUCAUAACACUCAGUUUUGCAAUAAGAUAAAGCAUGGAAAGAAUUAUUAACAUGAACAUUUUUAUUCUGCUCUUUCCUAGAAGCCCUAGCAAAUUAUAACAUGGCAAAAAAGGAAAGAAGAAGACACCUCCCAUUAUUAAUAAAACAUAUGUUUGCAUAGGUAGACAGUUCUAAGAAUAAGGCUGUGUGUAAAUCAUCACAUUUUAAAAGUUAGUAAUAUUGUUGCAUACAAUGUCAGUGCUGGGAGGGGAGAUCUGUUGUGGUGGAUUCGUUCUGAGAGGAGGAGCAUGGUGGGUGCAAGAGGCGCAGAGUCACCACACAGACCCCGGGAGUAGGGUGAAAGCAGGCUAGAGGUGAGCAGCCAGCAGACUCGUUUAUUUCAGUUGGUACAACAGCUUAUAUAGCCAAGACAGCCAGUCCGGUCAAGGGGCGGUUUAUGCCCUAACCAAUCACAGCCUGUUGCCAGGCAGGCUCCGUUGCCAGGUAGGUUUCAAAGCCAUUCCUGGUAACUGACACUUGCUUGCCAGCGGCCAUCUUGGCAUGGCCUUCUUGUUCCACCAGAGAUCUACCUUGGACCCUGGCUUUGUUGCAGAGCUUUCUGAGGAAAUAAACUGAAAAGGGAGGCUGUUUGCAGUAGAACUCCAAAGAGAAGAUCCUUCCCAAAAGUGUUUGGUCACAGUUCUUAAUACAGUAUCAUCUAGACUGUCACAGCCAUCCUCCCCCCAGUCAGGCUGCCCGUCACCCACCAUUCCAGCAGGUAAAGUCAUUUCUCCGUCACAGAAGCACAGCAAGAAGGCGCUAAAGCAGGCUCUAAAGCAGCAACAGCAAAAGAAACAGCAGCAGCAAUGCAGGUCCAGCAUGUCCAUCUCCUCCAACCAGCAUCUCUCUCUCAAGAAUGUCAAGACCACCACUGAUCCUGCACCUGCUAAACCCGCAAUAUGGGAAGGAAAGCAAGCUGACGGACAGUCAAGCAGCCCCCAGAACUCAAACUCCAGCUUUUCUUCUUCAGCCAAAGUGGAAAGCCCCUUGCUAGGCUUGGGGAAGAAGGCUUUCCAGAGGUCUGACAGACUCCACACAAGGCAAAUGAAAAGGACUAAAUGUGCUGACAUUGAUGUUGAGACACCGGACUCCAUUCUGGUUAAUACAAAUCUGCGAGCACUGAUCAACAAACACACUUUCUCAGUCCUUCCUGGAGACUGCCAACAGCGACUGCUUCUACUGCUUCCAGAGGUAGAUCGACAGGUUGGUCCUGAUGGUUUGAUGAAGCUAAAUGGCUCAGCCCUUAACAAUGAGUUCUUCACUUCGGCAGCCCAAGGCUGGAAGGAAAGGCUCUCAGAAGGUGAGUUUACACCUGAGAUGCAGGUGAGAAUUCGACAGGAGAUUGAGAAGGAGAAAAAAGUGGAACCUUGGAAAGAACAGUUCUUUGAAAGCUACUAUGGUCAGAGUUCUGGUCUGAGCCUUGAAGAUUCAAAGAAACUGACUGCUUCGCCCAGUGAUCCCAAAGUCAAGAAAGUCCCAGCCGAGCAACCAAAACCCGCACUUCCUUCAGAGGCCUCUCCUGUCAGAACAGUCCCAGUGGCUCCCCCGGCGGAGUGUAAGGAAGAAGCAGUGACGACGCCAUCACCCGUCGCAAAGGAAGAGCACGGGAGCCAGGAUGAGGGACAGCUGGACCUCUCCCGGUGCGCAGAGCCGCACCCGGCCUCAGCCGCAGAGGAGCCUGGCAGCGUCCUUCCCGGCCAGUGCCCGCAGGACGCGGCUGUCCCGGAGCAGAAGCCGGCUGCCUCUGCUGAGCAGGAGUCUGAGCGGGAUGAUCGUCUCCCCGCCGUUCCUGCUUACAGCAAAGACAGAGGCCAAGAAGCCCCCCUGGCGUCCCCAGUGCAACCUCAGAGUCCUGGCGGGGAGAAACCGGUCCUGAAGCUCCCAGCAGAGGCAGGUCCACAGGAGACCCCCACAAAAGAAGCUCCAGCAGCUCUUGCUGAUCAGAGCCCAGAAAGCCUCAAGAGAAAAUCUCUUAGCCAAGAAGAGGCCCCUGCAAGCUGGGAGAAGAGGCCACGGGUCACCGAGAAUCGCCAGCACCAGCAGCCAUUUCAGGUCUCGCCGCAGCCCUUUCUCAACAGAGGAGACAGGGUCCCCGUGCGGAAAGUUCCACCCCUCAAGAUCCCGGUCUCCAGAAUCUCCUCCAUGCCGUUUCCUCCGUCGCAGGUCUCUCCCAGGGCUCGGUUUCCAAUCCCCAUCAUCAGUCCUAACAGAACAGGAGCCAGAACCCUCGCAGACAUCAAAGCAAAAGCCCAGCUGGUCAAAGCACAGAGGGCAGCCGCUGCCGCUGCCGCCGCCGCCGCUGCCGCCGCCUCCGUUGGAGGGACCAUUCCAGGACCUGGCCCAGGGGGUGGACAAGGUUCAGGAGAAGGUGGCGAAAGGAAAACUGCAAGAGGAGGCAGUCCAGGCUCAGACAGGGUCAGUGGAACUGGAAAGGGCCCCGCACUGGAACUGGCAGGAACUGGAAGCGGGGGAGGUACGAGAGAGCUUCUACCCUGUGGUGCAGAGACUCAGCCCCAGUCUAAGACCAAGACCCCAGGCCAGGCACAGCCUCCUAGUGGCUCUGGAGCACAACUACAGCAAACCCCCUCAGUGCCUCCAACACCUGCCGUCAGCGGAGGGUGCUCAGGUGUCCCAUCAGCAGCCCACGUAGAGAAACCCAACAGUGAGACCCUGCACCCCGCCAGGGCAGCACCCGCAGCAGCCCCUCUCGGUCAGCCCGCAGGGCCCAGUGGCUGCAGACAGGAAAAAGCACCUUCUCCGGCGGGUCCUGCUCUGGUUUCAGAUGCUUCACCUGCUCGUUUUGCAGCUAAUGGCACCAUUGAGUCCAAAGCAGGCUCUGGUCAGAGUACACCGAACCCUUGCGCCUCGGCAGAGACAAAUGCUAGUGCUCCGGUGGCUCUGGCUCCCUCCCCUGUCACAUCUUUAUUGACAACAGCCACUUUAGAGAAGCGCUCUGUACCCCAGGUCAGUGUGACUGCAGCUCCCACUGGGUCAGCUCCGUCCUCGAGCACUUUGCCAGCAGCUUCUAGCCUGAAAACCCCGGGAACUUCAAGUGUGAACGGACCCAUUUCACGACCCAGCUCUAGUAUCCCUGCUAAUAACCCUUUAGUUACUCAGCUGCUCCAGGGCAAAGAUGUCCCGAUGGAGCAAAUCCUGCCUAAGCCUCUCACCAAAGUUGAAAUGAAAACUCUUCCAAUGACCGCAAAAGAGGAGAAGGGAGUAGGAGCCCCCGCAGGCACGGCCGGAACAGAGAGUAGCGCCAGAGAAGAAGUUCACGAGAGACCGUCCCAUCCAGCUGUGCAGCCGCUGGGGAAGAGCCUGCAGAGUCAGCCCCUCCCCCAGGGUGCCCGGCCCCUGCAGCUCUUCUCGCCUAAGGACCUGAGGGACCCGGGCGUUGAGGCGCACCAGUACCCAGAAGGACUCAGUAAAGCGGCCCAGGAUCAGGUCCUCCAGACGCUGAUCCAGAGGGUGCGCAGGCAGAGCGUCCUGUCGUUCGUGCCGCCCUCCCAGUUCAGCUUCACCCACUCAGGUUUCCAGCUGGAAGACAUCUCCACGAGCCAGAGGUUCAUGCUGGGCUUUGCUGGCAGAAGGACAUCCAGGCCUGCCAUGGCAGGCCACUACUUGCUUAAUAUUUCCACCUACGGCCGAGGCUCGGAGAGCUGUAGGAGGACCCACUCGGUAAACCCUGAAGACCGUUUUUGUCUAAGUAGCCCCCCGGAAGCCUUGAAAACGGGAUAUGCAGAUGGUCAGAGCGCAGCAGGGGACAGCAGCAGCGGCAGGGAAGACGACACUGACGAGGAGAGCACUGAUGAGGAGCAGGAGUCGGUGCUGGCGAAGAGGGAGCCCCAGGCGCCCCCGAGUUCCGGCAAGGGCGAUGCAAGUGCAGGACCCCACAGCAGGGAAGCGCCGUCCAUCAGCGACUGCUCGGCCGAGGCACCGCUGAGCGAGCAGACCACUUCAGCGAAGGAGCAUUACCUGUUCCCCAGGGGCCAAGCGCUGGAUGAAAAGACUGUGGCCAGAGAUUUUGUUCAGGCAGCGCAGAAGCAGGUGGCGCAUGCAGGGAGAGGUAAGACGAUGCGCAGCAGCCCUGAGCGUUUCGGCUCUUCUGCCCUGCCUCUGCCUGCCGACAGUCCCACCCAUCAGCCUCUGCGCCUUCCGCCCCUGCAAACCCCAAAGCUGUAUGGAAGCCCCACCCAGCUAGGGCCAAGCUACAGGGGCAUGAUCAAUGUCUCCACCUCUCCCGACAUGGACCACAACUCUGCCGUACCAGGUAGCCAGGUGUCUAGCAAUGUGGGUGACGUCAUGUCCUUCUCAGUGACCGUCACUACCAUCCCUGCUGGCCAAGCCAUGAAUCCCGGCAGCCACGGCCAGACCAUUCCUGUGCAGGCCUUUGCGGAGGAGAACAGCAUCGAGGACGCGCCUUCGAAGUGCUACUGCCGCUUGAAAGCCAUGAUCAUGUGCAAGGGCUGCGGAGCUUUCUGCCAUGAUGAUUGCAUUGGGCCCUCCAAACUCUGCGUCUCCUGCCUUGUUGUUCGCUUUUUUGUGGCCCAAGGCACAUAGAGGAUCUGUGUCCCAGUUUCAGCCGAGGCAGCGUGAAGUCCUUCCGUCUUCCCGUUUCCCCCCCGUACACGCAUACACACACAGUUCAGUCCCACCGAGGGUAGGAAGUAGAAACUGUGGUUCUGCUGCCAAACUUGCCGACCCCUGGGUAAUCCGAGGGGGGUCAGGGAGACCUCCUGCUGGGUCUCACUUCCGUCUCUCCUCCUCGCCGUGGUGGCAGCGCCGAGGGCUGCUCCUCUGCGUGCUGGGGGGGUUGGUUUGAGUGUUUCAGAAUCGACCCCAUUGCAAAGUGUCAGCCACCAAUUUGGAUUGAUAAAAGUGACUUACUUUCUUCACUGAUUUUCUGUUGGAAAAGUGUUCCUGCACGCACCCCUCUAUCUGGGCACAGGCAGGCUGUCGUCAGGGGAGGACCGGUGUCAGGGAAUUUCAAGUCCAGGUAGAGCAAACCAUGCUGUGCCUCCCUUGCUCUUGACCAGGCUCUUGCACACAGGUGCUCAGCACUGCUGUUUGCCAGAUUCUCUUGAAGACCAUGCAGCUGAUGUUUGCUGCGGACUCUCAAGCAGAAGUUGCCGCUGGGUGCUCUGCCUCCGUCCUGACAAUCAGAGUCUUGACCGGCAGCAGAUUGAAUCCCAGUCCCUUUGGCAGUCUGUUUGAAAGCAGUGGUUUUAGGGAGAAAGCAGUCAUCUUGUAAGCUGAACCGGGCUGGGGAGGGGGGCUGCAGUCUGGCCCAUUAGUAAAUGAAGGAGGAGCAAGAAAGCCGUUACAUGAUGAGUCUGAAAGCAGUUUCUGUCUUAGCUUUUGAGUUGCCUUGCCUUUCAGUCCAAUCCAGAAUGUUUUACGAAGUGCUAAGCUUGCCCUCAGCAGAUGAAGCGCCGCCAUGUCCGGUGACUAGUUAGAUGUGUGUCCAGUGCACCUGCCCCCAGCCUGGUCUCGUAGCCCCGCCCAUGGCAGGGCACCUCAGGAGAGAGCACUCGUAGUACGUCAUCUCAGUCUCACUUCUCAGUGUUCUCAGUGGUCUAGAAAGAAGGCUUCCUGAAACUUAGAGCAUUUUGAUUAAAGUUCUCCAUCCUACAAAAGAGAAAAUAAAGCCAAAUAAUCUGAAAUCGUUUGCCCUACUUCUGCUCCUUAACCCCUGUGCUCAAGACACUGAAGUUAGCUGUGGAAUUCUGUGUCCGAUUUGUAAGAUUAAGAGCUGGCCAGUGGGGAGUUUUUCUUGGGGGCCAGGGAGCACAGGGACCUGGGCUGGGAAGGCACACACACUGAUGUCUUAGAGCUUAUCUCAGAUUGAAUUAAGUAGCCAAAGGAAGCACUCCUUGCCUUCUAGUUGAAGGUGCAAUGUCACAUCCUCAUGACUUGACGGUACCAUCCCCGUUGUGUAUUCCUGCCCGGCCCCGCCUUAGAGAUCCUUAAAGAACUCUCUGGUGAAAUGAUGUGUUCUAAUGAUGGGGGUCUUCUCUGACCAUUCCACUGCGGUUUAUUUCCAGAACUUGCUGUCCAGGAGCAGUGCCAGGGUGGUUUUCUCUCUGACAUCAUGUCAUAGCAAGGAGAAAACGUCUCCCCAUCGUAUUACUGCUCCGUGCUCAGUGAAAACUCAGCUCCAUUCAUAGAAUAGUCCAAAGAGACUUUGAGAAACAUGAUGGUAGGCAGGGACCUUUCCUACCAUGUUUCAAUACCUGCAAACCUAUUGAAAGAGAGCAGUAGGUAAAACAAUUCCUAAAGUUGAAGCAGGAGCUUCAUAGAUUCUUGGUUACUUUAUUUUUUUUAAUGCUUUACAUUUGAUACAACUAUUAAAGAUCAAUUUUAAAAAUAGCUUUCCAGUAAUAUAUUUUAAGUAAUAUAUAUUUUAAUAUCUAUGUAAAAAGUGACAGUGGAAGACUUUGGAUUUCUCAAGUAUGGUGUGUUUAAUGUAGGCCCUCACUGUUAAGGCACAGGUUAGUGCAAAGGAAGUUACUCUAAGGACGCUCAGAUUAUUUCCCAAGAAUGCAAUAAGGGGAAUGGUUUUGGGGUUUAUUUUUUAUUUUAAAAGGAAAAUGACUUAUUUACCACAGGCUAUUUUUCCCUUCUGGCUGUAAGGUUUGUACAGACUGGUUUGGUAAUUGCUAAAACUUUUGUGUCUCUUGCCUUUUUAAAGGAAUUGUUAACAUUGGAAUUGAGGGUAUGUACAGAGAAGUUGGUGUCAACACCAUUUAAAAAGUCAUAUUUUUUCACAAAUAUAGAAAAAAAUCAUUUUACAUAAGAAUUUUAAGUAUUUGCAAUAAAUAUAUGUAUAUAGAUUGUAUGUAUUCAUAUAUUCUUAUUUUUCAUUUUAUUAUUAAGUAAAAGAUGAUUAAAAGUGAAAAUAAAACCCUUCGAGUUUUUGGUGACUCCUGAGAUGAGCCGGCUCACUGAGACGGGCCCGAGCGGAGGCUCUCCGUGGCUCCCUUGCUGCUCUGGGAAGGCUGCCGCUGCUGGCACGGACAGACGCAAAGGAGGGGCUUGCUGGCAGACCGGGGGGUGUCUUCUCUCAGAGAUUUAGCACAAAUAUUCCUGAUUUCUCCUAGUCUGUCUUUCUCCACGUUUUGUCCUUUGUUCUGUCUUGUACCCACCUGAUUUGACUGGAAAAGAAACACAAUGUAGUGUCUUUUUUUCUUUUUCUUUUCUUUUUUUUUUUUUUUUUUAAUGUGCCCCUGGUUUGCUUCUAAAAGGAAGAAUGGUAAGAAAACAUCUCAGGGGAAAAAUUAGGUUUUCCUUUCUCCACAGUGGUUAGGCAUCCAUUAGCGAAUACUCGCUGCCGCCACCUUCCGGCCCGGGGUGUGUGAAGAAAUCACCUCUUGAAGAUCAUUGGAAACUUGUCCUGUGUGGAGAUUCAGCUCUGAGAGGUGACUUCCAGAGCCGGAGCCCUGUCCUGCCUGACUGAUCUGGAGGGGCUGGAUCAGAGCUGGGAGAAGCAUCCCUGUCUUAAUUAGAAUGUGUCUGCACGUUUGACACUUGAAUUUUGAACUCGCUGGUGUUGGGAAGGACGUCAUGGAAAUGCGGCUGAGCCCAGUGUCUGUGGUCCCACACCUGGAUGUGGGAGACAGCUGUCUGGUCCAGAAUUCAUUUCGUGUUGUAAAUACUUGGUUUUAGGGUAUGAUGGAGGGUGAAAAUCAAUACUAGAUGGUCUUGCAAAUCAAGGUAUGUAGCCCGUUCCUUAAAAACAGUGGUAACCUGGAAGAAAAAUUGGGAAGAUCAGAUAUUUUAAGAAUGUAUCUUGGAUGAUCCAUGAAAUUGACUUUGUACUAUAUUUAGUUCUCCCCAUAAUUGCUGAGCUGGGGUUAUUUUCACUGGAGAAAAAUAGCAUAUUUUGGAAAUUAAUGCAUAGUAAUGCCUUUUCAAAGACAACAUUAUUUUUCAAAAAUUGAAAUUUCAUACAUGAGGGUUGCCCAAAGACAUUGGAGAUAGUUCAGCCACCCAAGAGCAUGGUGCUCAAGGUAUUAGCUGAAAGUGUACUGCUUCGACAGGCAGCUACCUCCGUCUCAGGGAAUACCUGCAGCCUCAUUCCUGUCCCCUCAUCGCAGUGAAGGUAAACAGCUGAAUGUGUCUGACCAGUCCAUAACGACCAUUUCCAGUGAGCGCCUCCCCACGUCCAGAACUGUGAUUCCGGGGGGCCGCCUUCUACCUCAUGGGAAGCAGAGCUCACGUUCAGGUGACGACGUGGGCGAGCGGGUCUGCAGCCGAGUGAGGAGAAGCAGUGUGCCGGCACAGGAAGCCUCCACCUGCAUCUCCCAGCUGCCUCUCGCCAAGCCCACAGCCUUGGAAACCUGUGUCCGGUGCCUCUGACACUGCUUGGUCUCAUUUGGUCUCUGGAAGAUGGAGAUUUUGCAAAAUGUUUCUGGCUUUUUGUACAAGUCAUUUUAUUCCCUGACAGAUUUAUGAGAACUGAAGUGUUGUUUAUACAAGGGUACGCAGAGUUGUGUCAGCUGUACAGAGGUUUUCCUGAAGUGGUAUCCACACCGCACGUUUCUAGUCGAGAGAAGCAGAUGCUGAGCGUGUCCCGGUGUGAAAGUGUAAAGGGGUACAGGACAAAAUGUGAAGAAAGGAGAUACUGCCUCCAGAUGAAAAAUUUUUACAACACCGUGGGAGUUAGGAGCCGUGUGAAUAACAUUGACCCUUUUAAAGAAUUGUUGGAAUAGCAGAAGUUGUUCGUAGAAGUUUUGAGAAAUCUGAGUGGAUCCUGGGAGAGAAGCCAGAGCAGCCUCUUCCCAUAAUGCAGUUCAGCAGGUCAGUGUCAUGUUCGGCUUUCAGGUAACAGUCGCGUCAGUAACACAGCUUCCCCGUCACUGUUCAAACCCAAAAGAAGCGAAAGGAGAUUUUUUAAGCAUGAUUUCCAUUUUACAGGUGAGAAGGAGCUGUCUUUCCUCAUUUCCAGUUGUUGCGGUUCCUGUUUUAUUCCUCCAUGGUAGGCAAAAUUGGUGUUCUGUGCUACUACAGAAUUGGCCUUUUCCCCCUGUGAAGUCACAGUACUUGAAUUCUAGAACACUGCAGCUAGGUCCUCGUCCUUUCCACUUCAGUGCCCAAACCCUCACUCUUCGCUCUGCUGCUCUGGAGGGGGGUUUCGGAAUGCAAAUCCGUGUCUGCCAUCGCUUCCUCCGGAUGAUUCCUCUUGCAUUCCGCACGCCAUUCCCCUCUCAGAGGUGGCAGGUGUGUGCCACCAGGUGGUGCCGGCUCCACUCCCAGGAACGGGGCGCACGGAGACCCUGUGUGAGGAAACUCAGGUCUCUGAGGGGCAGCCCUGGAAGGGUCUCCCGGUGAGGGAGGGGCAGGCCGCUUGCAAAGGAGCCGCGGGAGGAGCGGGGCUGGCUCCGCCUGCACAGGGGCUCCUGAGGACGGACUUCCGGCUCGGUCCUCCUGGCCCUCCUCGCCCUAAAGAAGCUGCCGCGAGCUGCGUCAACUGCAAGUCCCACAGGGAGGCUUGGAGAGCGGAAAGAGAAACCAAGAUCGACUUUUAAGUGCAUUCAAGUAAACUUUGAAUUAAGGGGGUUUUUGUCGUUUUGUUUCUCUGUUUUAAGAUUUUUGAGACGUGCUGUGGGCUAAGGAGCGCUUGUCUGUUGAUGGUGGCCACUUUGGACACUGAUGAGAACUUGGAGUUGUGCCCCGUGUGUUGGUGGAAUGGGAUUUGGCUUCAUAAACACUAAGUGUUGCCAGCCUUAAUCAGGAGUUCUCUUCUUAAGUAUCUAAAAUUCAGAUAGCCCAGUAAGAAAGCCAUGCAUUAAAUGAUCACAAGAUAAGCUGAAGAACUAUUUGACACACCACCUGUUUCCUUCCCAUGGGGAGUAGAGCACAUGGUUCUUUAAAAACCUGAGUCUGACAUUUUCAGAUCCAGGAGCCUGGGGGUGGGGGAGGGACGGGGGGGUUGGACUUGGACCCUAAGUCGAUCAUUCUUUCCACGUUGGGUUUCAGGCAAACGCAGUUUGGAGAUGUCCUCGGUAGUGACCGCAGCCGACCCUGUGUGUAAUCACUUUGCACAAGUUGUAAAUUAAUCAGACGUGGUUACCUUUUUAUUAGACAAGAAAGUAGAUCCUGGGCUCAGGAAAGACAUGCUAACUUAUUCUCUGAUAUUAAAAUGCUAAUUAAAGAACAAGUUCUUGGAGAAGUCGCAAAAUUUCUAGAAUCCAUGAAAGAUCUAGAGUACAUGACAAAUGAAACUCUGGAAAUGAGAAAACUUUUAGCCAUAAGUGCUUUAACCUGUUUGUUCCAGACGCAUCUUAGAUCUGUAACUCACUGCACCGCACCUUUCACCAGCACCAAGGAAAAUCCGAAUGGAAGAAAUGACCUUACCUUGGUCUUGUUCACUUUCCAGUCUGCACACAGGCCUUAGCACCUUGACAGAUGACACUCUGCCUGUCAGCUCCUCACUGUCCCUACUCCUCUCCCAGACUGUUCUUUUUAUUGGUCAUAUAAAAACUACCUUCUUGAGAGUUGAAUGUACAAUAAUGUUUCUGCACAUGGGCGGACUCUUAUCUCAAUGACUGAUUUUAUGUGGAAUAAAGGCGUACAGUUUUACCAGG